GCCCAUUAUACAUGGCUUCUUCAAGGACAACGAUGGUGCUAAGGCGCAGAACGAGAGCUCCAAGCCCUCCUUCCAGUCCUCUAUUUGCGAAUCCGGAUUAUUCGUCGGGAGACGACGAUGAUACCUUCUGCGAGAAAUGCGGGUCUGGAGAUAAUCCCUCGGAGCUUCUUCUCUGUGAUAAAUGUGAUAGAGGGUAUCAUCUAUUUUGCCUCAGACCUAUUCUCGUUUCUGUUCCCAAAGGCUCUUGGUUCUGUCCUUCAUGCUCCAGGCACAAGAAGCCUAUAUCUUUCCCUCUUGUCCAAACUAAAAUUAUUGAUUUCUUUUGCAUCCAAAGGCCCAUAGAAAUAACUCAAAAGCUGAGUCAAGAUAAUCCAAGAAAACGAAGAAGAGGUAAUAGUUUGGUUUUGUCAAAAAAGAAAAGGAAACUUCUGCCUUUCAAUCCUACAGAGGAUCCUGAAAGAAGGUUGGAGCAAAUGGCAUCACUGGCAACAGCAUUAUUAGCCUCCUGCACAGAGUUCAGUGAUGAGCUCACCUACAGGCCUGGCAUGGCACCGAGGUCAGCAAAUUGUGCUGCCCUUGAGAUAGGAGGAAUGCAGGUUUUGUCAAAAGAAGACGCUGACGCCUUGAAUUUAUGCAAGAGAAUGAUGAAUAGAGGGGGAAUGCCCUCCUCUCAUGGUUGUAUUUGAUUCUAAUGAAGGGU